ACCCUGCCCUUGCUAGGGUUUGGUUCCUUCCCUCCAUCUCCGAGUGAGGUGGUGGUGGUGGUCCAGCGGGUAAGAAUCGAAAAAAGAAACGGGGGGUUUUGGAGGGAAAUGAGAAGCAACCAUUCGAUAAUCUUUUUCUUCCCCCAACUGCAAUUGAUCUAAUUCACAGAAUUCUUAAGGGGACAUCUUUCGUCAGUUAACUGCAGAAUUUGACAUUGUAAAAAAGGGAAAAUCGAAAGGAAGUGGAGGAGGGAAAAGGGGAAGAAGCCGUUGAAUUGAGAGGAGGGUAGGAGAAGGAGGAGGAGUAGCCAUGGAUACGCGGUUUCCUUACUCCCCGGCGGAAGUCGCCAAGGUGCAGACCGUUCAGUUUGGCAUCCUCAGUCCUGACGAGAUCCGCCAGAUGUCCGUCGUGCAGAUCGAGCACGGCGAGACGAUGGACCGAGGCAAGCCCAAGCCCGCGGGGCUUAGCGAUCCCCGACUUGGUACCAUCGACCGGAAGGUGAAGUGCGAGACGUGCUCCGCAAACAUGGCGGAGUGCCCCGGUCACUUCGGUCACCUGGAGCUUGCCAAGCCGAUGUUCCAUAUCGGGUUCAUAAAGACGGUGCUCGCUAUACUGCGCUGCGUCUGCUUCAAUUGCUCGCACAUUCUUGCUGAUGAGGACGAUCAUCGGUUCAAGCAAGCCUUGAAAGUCAGAAAUCCAAAAUCUCGACUGAAGAAAGUUCUGGAUUGUUGUAAAAACAAACAAAAAUGUGAAGGCGGCAACGACAUAGAUGAGGAUCAAGGACAGGAUCUAGAAGAUGCUCCAAAGAAGAAAAAGCGUGGAGGCUGUGGUGCUAUGCAACCAAAGAUAACAAUUGAAGGUAUGAAGAUGAUUGCAGAAUAUAAGAUUACCAGAAAGAAAUCUGAUGAACAGGAGCAAAUGCUUCCUGAACCAGUUGAAAGAAAGCAGCAGCUGUCUGCUGAAAGGGUUUUGAAUGUCCUGAAACGGAUUAGCGAUGAGGAUUGCUUACUUCUGGGAUUGGACCCGAAGUAUGCUCGUCCUGAUUGGAUGAUUUUGCAGGUCCUUCCCAUUCCCCCUCCUCCUGUGAGGCCAUCUGUGAUGAUGGAUACUUCUUCACGCAGUGAGGAUGAUUUAACUCAUCAGCUGGCAAUGAUCAUUAGACAUAAUGAGAAUCUCAGGAGGCAGGAAAGAAAUGGAGCUCCUGCACAUAUAAUUUCGGAGUUUGCUCAGUUAUUGCAGUUUCACAUUGCAACAUAUUUUGACAAUGAGCUACCUGGUCAACCAAGGGCAACACAAAGAUCCGGAAGGCCUAUUAAAUCUAUUUGCAGUAGACUUAAGGCAAAAGAGGGCCGGAUUAGAGGGAACUUGAUGGGGAAGCGUGUAGAUUUUUCUGCACGUACUGUUAUUACUCCCGAUCCAACUAUUAAUAUUGAUGAACUUGGGGUGCCGUGGAGUAUUGCUCUUAAUCUGACAUAUCCUGAAACUGUUACUCCAUACAACAUUGAAAGGUUGAAGGAACUUGUUGAGAAUGGACCUCAUCCACCACCUGGAAAAACUGGGGCAAAGUACAUCAUUAGGGAAGAUGGACAGCGGGUUGAUCUGCGAUAUUUGAGAAAGAGUAGUGAUCACCAUCUUGAAUUGGGGUAUAAGGUGGAGCGGCAUUUGAUAGAUGGAGACUUUGUCCUUUUCAAUCGGCAACCUAGUCUGCACAAAAUGUCUAUCAUGGGUCAUAGGAUCAAAAUUAUGCCUUACUCUACCUUCCGUCUAAAUUUAUCAGUGACAUCACCAUAUAAUGCUGAUUUUGAUGGGGAUGAAAUGAACAUGCAUGUACCUCAGUCGUUUGAAACAAGAGCAGAAGUCUUGGAGUUGAUGAUGGUACCAAAAUGUAUUGUUUCACCGCAGUCCAAUCGCCCAGUCAUGGGUAUUGUGCAGGAUACACUUCUUGGAUGUAGAAAGAUAACAAAGCGUGACACUUUGAUAGAAAAGGAUGUUUUCAUGAAUAUUUUGAUGUGGUGGGAGGAUUUCGAUGGAAAGAUACCUGCUCCUGCCAUUUUGAAGCCUAGACCUUUGUGGACAGGCAAGCAAGUAUUUAACCUUAUAAUUCCAAAGCAGAUAAAUCUAAUUAGGUACUCAGCAUGGCACUCAGAAUCAGAAACAGGAUUUAUUACCCCUGGAGAUACUUGUGUCCGAAUAGAGAAGGGAGAACUUCUCUCAGGAACUCUCUGUAAGAAAACCAUGGGUACAUCAUCUGGAAGUCUUAUUCAUGUGAUCUGGGAAGAGGUUGGCCCAGAUGCUGCACGCAAGUUUUUGGGGCAUACUCAGUGGCUUGUCAAUUAUUGGCUUCUGCAGAAUGCUUUUAGCAUUGGUAUUGGAGAUACCAUCGCAGACGCUUCCACUAUGGAAAAGAUUAAUGAGACGAUCUCUAAAGCAAAAAAUGAGGUGAAAGAGCUUAUCAAGGCAGCACAGGAGAAGCAGUUGGAAGCUGAACCUGGGCGAACCAUGAUGGAGUCAUUUGAGAACAGAGUCAAUCAGGUGUUGAACAAAGCUCGUGAUGAUGCCGGCAGUAGUGCUCAGAGGAGCUUAUCUGAAAGUAAUAACCUGAAAGCUAUGGUCACUGCAGGAUCUAAAGGAAGUUUUAUUAAUAUUUCACAGAUGACCGCUUGUGUGGGUCAACAGAAUGUGGAGGGAAAGCGAAUUCCUUUUGGUUUCAUUGACCGCACACUGCCACAUUUUACUAAAGAUGAUUAUGGGCCUGAAAGUCGUGGUUUUGUGGAGAACUCCUAUCUUCGUGGGCUGACUCCUCAGGUUUUUUUCCAUGCUAUGGGUGGUAGGGAAGGUUUGAUUGAUACUGCAGUCAAAACUUCAGAGACUGGUUACAUACAGAGGCGUCUUGUAAAAGCUAUGGAAGACAUCAUGGUCAAAUAUGAUGGUACAGUCAGGAACUCGUUAGGAGAUGUGAUUCAGUUUCUUUAUGGGGAAGAUGGUAUGGAUGCUGUAUGGAUUGAAUCCCAGAAGCUAGAUUCAUUAAAAAUGAAAAAGGGAGAGUUUGAUAAGGUUUUCAGAUACGAGUUUGAUGAUGAAAAUUGGGUUCCAAAUUAUAUGCAACCUGAUUUUGUGGAAGACUUGAAAACCAUUCGAGAGUUUCAGAAUGUGUUCCAUGCAGAAGUUCAGAAGCUUGAAGUAGAUAGGCGGCAGCUUGCCACAGAGAUUGCUACCACUGGGGACAAUUCAUGGCCGAUGCCAGUGAAUCUCAAAAGGCUCAUCUGGAAUGCACAAAAGACGUUUAAGGUUGACCUCAGAAGACCAUCUGAUAUGCACCCUAUGGAGAUAGUGGAAGCUGUUGACAAGCUUCAGGAGAGGUUGAAGGUCGUACCUGGUGAGGAUGCAAUGAGUAUGGAGGCUCAAAAGAAUGCUACUCUUUUUUUCAAUAUACUCCUUAGAAGCACAUUUGCGAGCAAGCGUGUGUUGAAGGAGUAUAGGCUUACACGUGAAGCAUUUGACUGGGUCAUUGGUGAGAUUGAGUCUCGCUUUCUGCAGUCACUUGUUGCACCAGGUGAGAUGAUUGGCUGCGUAGCAGCACAAUCUAUUGGUGAACCCGCAACUCAGAUGACAUUAAAUACAUUCCAUUAUGCUGGUGUGAGUGCAAAAAAUGUUACACUUGGUGUGCCUCGCCUCCGAGAAAUCAUAAAUGUUGCCAAGAAAAUCAAAACUCCAUCCCUGUCUGUGUAUCUCAAACCUGAGGUCAGCAAGACCAAGGAGAAGGCCAAAAAUGUGCAGUGUGCCUUAGAGUACACUACUCUUCGAAGUGUGACUCAGGCAACAGAAGUAUGGUAUGAUCCGGAUCCAAUGACCACAAUUAUUGAAGAGGAUAUUGAUUUUGUGAGGUCAUACUAUGAAAUGCCAGAUGAAGAGGUUGCACCAGAAAAGAUUUCUCCUUGGUUGCUUAGGAUAGAACUGAAUAGGGAAAUGAUGGUGGAUAAGAAACUGAGUAUGGCAGAUAUCGCAGAAAAAAUAAACCUUGAGUUUGAUGACGAUUUGACAUGCAUCUUCAAUGACGAUAAUGCGGAAAAGCUUAUCCUCCGUAUACGAAUUAUGAAUGACGAUGCCCCCAAAGGUGAACUGCAAGAUGAGUCUGCAGAAGAUGAUGUCUUCCUCAAGAAAAUUGAAAGCAACAUGUUAACAGAAAUGGCCCUUCGUGGUAUCCCAGACAUCAAUAAAGUGUUUAUCAAGUCUGGCAAGGUAAAUAAGUUCGAUGAAAAUGAAGGAUUUAAACCUGAAGUUGAAUGGAUGCUGGAUACAGAGGGUGUCAAUUUAUUGGCAGUUAUGUGUCAUGAGGAUGUGGAUGCAACAAGAACAACAAGUAACCACUUGAUAGAGGUGAUUGAAGUCCUUGGAAUAGAAGCUGUGAGACGAGCACUGCUGGAUGAGUUGAGAGUUGUUAUAUCAUUUGAUGGGUCUUAUGUGAAUUAUAGACAUCUUGCUAUUCUCUGCGAUACUAUGACUUACCGCGGGCAUCUAAUGGCCAUCACUCGUCAUGGUAUUAACCGUAAUGACACAGGACCUCUGAUGAGGUGUUCAUUUGAGGAAACUGUGGACAUUCUUUUGGAUGCAGCAGUGUAUGCCGAGUCAGACCAUCUAAGAGGUGUUACAGAAAAUAUCAUGCUUGGACAGUUGGCCCCCAUCGGCACGGGGGGCUGUGCUUUGUAUCUGAAUGAUCAAAUGCUACAGCAAGCUAUUGAACUUCAGCUCCCCAGUUACAUGGAAGGCAUGGACUUUGGCAUGACUCCAUCCAGAUCACCCAUCACUGGAACCCCAUUCCAUGAAGGCAUGAUGUCCCCAAGCUACUUGUUUAGCCCAAAUAUCCGUGCAUCACCAAUUACAGAUGCACAGUUCUCUCCAUAUGUUGGUGGCAUGGCUUUCUCACCAUCUUCGUCACCAGGAUACAGUCCAUCAUCUCCUGGAUACAGUCCAUCCUCUCCUGGAUAUAGUCCUACAUCCCCUGGUUAUAGUCCAACUUCUCCUGGAUACAGUCCUACUUCCCCUGGCUAUAGUCCCACUUCUCCAACAUACAGUCCCAGUUCUCCUGGAUAUAGUCCAACAAGUCCUGCAUAUUCACCCACCAGCCCGUCUUACUCUCCCACUUCACCCAGUUAUAGUCCUACAUCUCCAAGUUACAGCCCCACUUCGCCAAGCUAUAGCCCUACAUCCCCAAGUUAUAGCCCUACUUCACCAAGUUAUAGUCCUACUUCUCCCGCUUAUAGUCCUACUUCUCCUGCAUAUAGUCCAACUUCGCCUUCAUAUAGUCCAACAUCACCUUCUUACAGUCCUACCUCACCUACUUACAGUCCAACAUCACCUUCUUAUAGCCCUACUUCUCCUGCCUACAGUCCAACCUCGCCUGGUUAUAGCCCCACUUCACCAAGCUACAGCCCAACAUCACCAAGCUACAGCCCAACUUCUCCAAGCUACAAUCCACCUUCAGCUCGUUACAGUCCAUCCCUGGCAUAUUCACCAAGCAGUCCAAGGAUAUCUCCUUCUAGCCCCUACAGUGCUUCAUCUCCAAAUUACAGCCCUACAUCACCAUCAUAUUCGCCUACAUCUCCAUCACACACGCCACCAAGUCCUACAUAUAGUCCAAGCAGCCCGACCUAUUCUGUUGCCAGUCCAGACUACACUCCAAGUUCUCCACCAUACAGUCCGAGUGCUGGUUACUCCCCCAGUGCGCCUGGAUAUUCUCCCUCAUCGACCAGCCAGUAUACACCACAGUUCAGUAAUAAGGACGAGGGUAGCACUCGGUGACACAAAGCUAAAGGCGUUUCUUGAUUCGUUCAUCUGAAGCGAAGGCUGCGGUGCAUGGCGCAAGUUGAUAGCUUUUGAUGGUUGAGAGGAGCCUUCCAAUCUCGGAUAUCCUGCAAAGUAGCCCAGUUCUUUUCAUCUCGCGUCCUGGAUCAUGGAUGUGCAAGUGUAGUAUUUGAAAUUUCCAUAGCAUUUCGUUUGCUAUGACCCAGUUCAAGGCAGGUUAUGAUUCGACAGGAAGCAUCUACUUCCUGUUAUAAAAUGAUAUUAUAGUGUAUCCCUCUGGUUGAAGCAAUCUGAUAAUUCAUUGACAACCCAUCUACCGUGCGGUUGUUUGAUCUUCC